AAGGAAAAUUUUUCUUUCGUCGUGAGAAUGACGAGCACGGUGUCGCUGUUGGGCAUUCCGUUGAAGAAGAGCGGGGAAGUGGACUUGGUGAAGCCUUUUCGACACGCGAUCGCGUCGAGUUCUAUCGGAUUAGGUGCUGGUGAGAUUGACAAGCACAGGGAAUCCGUUUCUGAUUUCAACAAACUGCGGAACAACGCGUGUUCCAGACCCUUGGACAAACACGAAGCUGCUUUGGAUACUCUCUACCGAUAUCAUGACCAGUUGAGCAGUUUGGAGAAAAAAGUUCCCCCGGGAGAAAUCCAGGUUCCGUUCAAAUGGAAGGACGCAUUCGACAAGGGAUCCCUUUUCGGUGGUUCCAAAAGCCUCACCAUUUCUUCACUGACUUUUGAGAAGGCCUGUGUUUUAUUCAACAUGGCUGCGUUGCAGUCUCAAAUAGCCUCGGUGCAAAACUUCGAUCACGACGAAAGCUUGAAGCUGGCCGCCAAACUCUUCCAGCAAAACCGUGUGAAAUCAUUCGGGUUUUCCAGUGGGGUUCUAGGACACCUGAAGGGCAUCGUGUUGUCGUGCGUGAAUCAAGAGCCAACUCCGGACCUGAACCCUGAAACGUUGCACGCACUCUCUGCUCUCAUGUUGGCCCAGGCCCAGGAGGUUUUUGUUGUGAAAGCCAUCCGAGAUAAGAUGAAGGACGCCACGGUGGCUAAACUCAGUGCCCAGUGCAGUGAGCUGUACACGGAAGCUUCGCGUUUGAUGAGUGCAGAGCGGUUGAAGCAGUUGUGGGACAGGGAAUGGCUGCCGAUUGUGAAUGGCAAGCAAGAAGCGUAUAAAGCCAUUGCGGAAUUUUUCCAGGCUUCGGUUUGUGAGGCGAACAAACGCGUCGGGGAAAGAAUCAGCAGACUUCAGCAUGCGGCUGAUGUUAUGAAGACCGCAGCAUCGAAGAGUGGAACUUUUUUCCCGGCUUUUCUGAGUGAAUACACUGGCAGGAUUCAGCACGCUUUAGAGGCGACGAAGAAGGAGAACGACUUCAUUUUCCACGACCGUGUGCCGGAUAUUAGGAAUUGCGAGCCAAUUGCCAAGGUGGCUCUUGCCAAAUCGCUUCCAUACCAGGAUCGCUAUGGACAGAGUCGAGACUUGUUCGAGGACCUCGUACCAUUGGAAGUAAGCCAAGCGUUGGCGGUGGCGGAUUCGCGUCGCAUGGAGCUCGUCAACUCGGAAGUGGCGCGACUUCGGGACGCCUCGCAGCUGCUGAAUGGACUUCUGGCGUCCAUGAACUUACCGGCGGCGUUGGAGGAUCCCGGGAAAGCCGGCGGCUUGCCGCCGUCUCUGCGCGAUAAGGCGGAGAAAGUCAAGGCUGAGGGAGGCAUCGAAUCACUCCUGGCCAUGCUCCAGAACCUUCCUGAAUUAUUGCAGAGGAAUCGAGAAGUUCUAGAUGUGACCGAGAGGGACUUGAACGAGGAACGAGACAGUGAUACCCAGCUCCGGAGUCAGUUCAAGGACAAGUGGCGUCGGACUGAGUCGGAAAAGUUGACUGCGAGCUUUCGACAGAACGCCAAACGCUAUAAGACCAUUAUUGAGAAUGCCAUGCUGGCUGACAGCACUGUGCGCGAACGUUUCAACACGCACGAGCGCGUCAUCCGCAUGCUGAGUGAGAAGUCGGAGGAGGAGUUGUUGGCGGCGCUGCCGAGCGGAAAGGGCGGCAAUCGGGACUCGCCUGCCGCCAACCGACUCAAGACGCUGAUGCGAAAGGUGGACGAUUUGAAGCGGGAGCGAGAAGAACUGGAAGGCCUUUUCAAGUCGACGGAUGCGGACCUCAAGUCUGCGCUGUGUGCGAUGCUGGCCCGCGACGGACGCGUGGACGAGCCAGCAGUGUCCAAACAGGUGUUGGAUGCAGCUUACGGGGACGCCGUCGCCCGAGUGGCGACCAAUUUGGAGCAGCAGGAGAAGCUCGUGGCGGAGGUGCAGGAAGCGAACGGGGAUUUCACGAGGGAUCAGUCGGGCGACGGAGACGCCCGCGAGCAGAUGAUGAAGGACUUGGCGGCCGCCUAUGACGCCUUCACCGUGCUCAAGAAUGACCUGAAGGAAGGCACGAACUUCUACAACGAUUUGACUCAGAUUCUAGUGAACUUCCAAAACAAGGUGACUGAUUACUGUUUCGCGCGGAAGACGGAAAAGGACGAGCUUAUGAAGGACUUGACGUCAGCUCUGGCUUCUGCCAAAUUGGAUUCUGCUCCGAAUCAACCCAGGCAUUUCGGCGCUGCUGAAGGGAAGAAAGAGCCGCCACCAAGACCACCUCCUCCUGCCGCAGGUGCCCCUCCGGCGGCUGUCCCUCAAUCGACGGCCAACGCGCCGCCAUAUUCUGCCGUACCGUACAACCCGCAGAUGAUGCAGCCGCAUGCUGCCAUGCCGUACCCUGUGCAGCCGCAGGGAAUGCCGUUGCCGUACUCAUAUCCUCAACAACCGUACCCUACGUACAUGCCGCAAAUGCCGUCUGGGUACAAUCCUUACGGAUACAUGCAACAGCCUCCUCCCCCUCAAGGUGCUCAGCCGCAACAGAACUAUGCUUACCCGAGCUAUCCGCCUCAACAGGCCCCGUAUCAUCCGAACCCACACUAUCCCCAGCAGUAGAGUUGCAUUCAACAUGUUGGAAAGUUUGAGAGGAAACUUACGUCACAAACGAACGAACGAACGAAAAAAAAAAGAAGAGAAAAGAAUAUGAUCCUUUUUGUCGAGAUGAACGAGAAUUUCCCCUGCUUUGAUGGUUUCUUGCUGCUGCUUUCCAAACCCCGUUCUAAAAUCGUCAGUCGUUUUUAUUCUUCUUCUUCUUUUAUUGCUCUGUGACAUUGUUCAAGAUAGUUGAAGUCGAAUUCCGUCAAGGGGGGGGGGGAUUAUUAUGCGGAAAGCGAUUGAUUUUUGUGUUUUUCUCGAAGGAAGAGUGAUUCAUGUGUUAAAUGAGAAUUGUGGUGUUUUGGAAGCGAUUGUUUUCUUGUGAUGAGGAUCGGACUGACGCAGAAGCAGAGGCAAUUCGAAAGGUUCUAUAUAUUUCAUUUUU